AUGAAUCAAAGCCUUUUAAGGAGGGGUUAUUGGUUUUGGUUUAAAUAUGAACCGAAUCUGUUUUGGUAUUAUUCAAUACCAACGAAACACGCAAACAUAAUCCUAGUAUAUCUUCUUAUUGAAAUGUUUUCUAGAGUCCCGGCAAAGUCUAUAGCUAGGUUUCGUUGCGUAUCGGAAUCCAUUCAUCGUCGUCCUGAUGUCACAGAGCAGUCCCUGACUAAGUCUAUGUCUCGUCCACGGCUCUUGUUUGCCUUGGAAGUUAAUAAAGAUUUAUUGUUUUUCUCUUCACCUCAACCUCAAAAUCCAUAUGAUAACUCUUCUCUUGUAGCCACCCCAUAUAAGCGUUUUCCGAAAUAUUUGCCAACCAGAAUCUGUACAACGCUCGGUGGAUUGGUCUUCCUUCAGAAAUGGCUAAGAAAAAAAACGCGGGUGAUUUGUAACCCUGUCAGUGGAGAUUAUAUAACCUUACCCAAAGUGAAAGCCACUGGUGUUGGAGAAAGCUAUUUUGGCUUUGAUCCGAUCACCAAACAGUUCAAAGUGUUGUGUAUGACGUGGUCACGUUAUGGAACACCCAAUACUCACCAGGUUUUGACAUUGGAGACUGGAAAACGUUUAUGGAGGACGAUCCAAGAUCCAAUACUUCCCCAUUAUCGUAGUUUUGAUAGAAUAUGCAUAAAUGGUGUUUUGUACUACGGAGCUGAUUUUGAAGAAUCUCAAUCUUCUAAGAUAGUUUGCUUCGACUUUAGGUUUGAGAAAUUCAGCUUUAUUAACAUAGCUGAUGAAGGCAUGUUCCGUGGGAGUUAUAAAUGGACUUUGUUCAACUACAAAGGUAAAUUAGGUGCACAUCAAUAUUCAAGAAACGGCGAACUUGUAUUGUGGGUUCUUGAAGAUGCUGAAAACCAUAAAUGGUCCAAAAGUAUAUGCAUAUUGCCACCUAUAGUCCACAACAGCAGGAUUGUUGGAGUGACGGGUACGGGAGAGAUUGUGUUUUCACCUUACGCGUGCUAUAUGCCCAGCCCUUUCUAUAUUUUCUUCUACAAUAUCCAGACGAAGACUUGUACAAGAGUGCAUGUUAAGGGAUUUGAAGAGUUUAAGCAUAAUUUCACUCUCCUUCACACUUUUCUAGACUUUGUUGAGGAUACGAAGUUUAUGUAA